AUGCGCACGACGCCGCGCAAGAAAAUCGACCUGCUAGCCCCAGCUCCGUCGAGCGCAGACUUUAAUAAUUUUUCACCCAGGAAGGAGAAUGACUGGUUUCUUGAUUCCAAGUCACCGCAGUUGUACGAGGGUGGUGCGCUUCGAGGUGGUGGAGAAAUCAACAUUUGGAGUCGCGAGUACAUUGGCUUGAUCGCGCAGUAUGCAGCAGUGGGUUUGAUCUUCGGUACACUGCCAGGCACCGUCUAUCCUUUUCUCUUCAACUACCUCAACAUGGAAGGCACACAGGUCGUAUCGGCUACGGUGUUAAUCAACAUGCCGUGGUCGUUCAAGCUCUUCUUCGGUAUGCUCACAGACUGCCUUCCAAUUAAGGGCUACAGACGUCGUCCCUUCAUGGUUAUCGGGUGGACUAUCUGCUUCGUGACAUUAGUGGCAAUGGCGUGCAUGGACGCUGGUGCUCCGUAUUACCCGGACAAUAAGUACGCAACGAUGGAGAAGGAAGAGUUAACACCUGAAAUCGUCGCCACGUUCAACGAAUCAGCGCACCAUGUUGGUGGGAAGUUCAUCGCAAUGAUGAUGAUAGCAGCGGUGGGUUACGUUGGCGCCGAUGUCGCGGCCGAUGCCAUGAUGGUGGAAGUUGCUCAACGCGAACCGGAAGCUAGACGCGGGUACUGCCAGACAACGAUCUACAUGGUCCGCACCGCUUUCGUGACCAUCUCUAGCAUCCUCACAGGUUUAGCAUUCAACGGCAAACACUAUGGUGGUGACUUUGACUUCUGUCUAAGCUUCCCACAACUGAUGGCUAUACUCAGUGUGUGUUGCUUCCCCGUGAUUCCUCUGUCGUGGUACUGCAUCAAGGAAGACCGUCAUCCUGGUGUGAUUUUCCGCGACUAUUUAGCUGAACUUUGGUAUCUGAUCCAGCUGCGACCCAUGUACCAAGUCAUCGCGUACAAGUUUUUCGCCGGUAUUUUCGAGAACUUCACUAUCACCUGUUCAGACCCAAUUCAGUCAUACUGGGCCGAGGCCACUCCUCUCAACCAGAAAAUCAUGGCUAUCAUGGGUAAUGGUAUGUUUGCUGUCGCACUGUACUACACUGGCAAAUACGGCCUUCACUGGAACUGGCGGACAAUGCACGCGGUGACGAUUAUCUCCGUGACAGUCAUGGACUUUAUCGUCACAAUGCUCACGACGUGGGACGUUGUACGCAACCAAUGGUUUUGGCUUGGCGUCCCAGUAGCUGAGGCUUUACCCAACGGUAUUGCGUUUGUGAUCGCGACUUUCGUUAUGGUGGAACUGGCGGGUGAAGGCAAUGAAGGAGCUGUGUAUGGCUUGGUGGGAUCCAUCUCUAAUAUUGCUAUCCCUCUGGCCAGCACAUUCACCAAAAACGUAGGCAGCAAUUUCGAUGUGACCAACGCCGACAUUGUCGAGGACUCGAGGCACGUUCGUUGGGAGGUGACGUACGUUCUCGUCAUCCGCUACUCGAUGAACCUUGCAGGGUUGCUCUUCUUGCCGCUUUUACCGCGUCAGAAGGCGGAAACGCAGCAGCUCAAGCUCAAUGGUGGGUACAGUCGAAUUCUAGGAAUGGUAACUCUCGGCUACUUCGCACUUUCAUUAUGCUGGACUGUCAUGGUGAAUAUUAUGAGCAUCUACCCAUCCACCGCGUGUAUGCGCCUCGCAGGAGGGCCUGGGUGCAGUGAUCACAAUGAUAGACAUUAG